UCCCCCUUUACUGCGUGCCCAAUAAGAAGUGCAGAAGGCAGGGCAAUAUCAGCUGAUCAGCGGAUCAGCGUGUGUGCUGCAGAAGCAUUUCUUACCAGGGUCGUACACAAGGAAGAAAGGCUUGUGGAAAGUAUUGUACUAGCGGUGAAAGUUGUCUCUGUCCGUGCGUAAUUUUACUUUUCCAGUAAAUUAAACAUUUGUAAAUGGACGCGAUUUUAAACUGCAGACCAGAAGAUCUAGAAGAUUAUUAUGGCUUGCUGGGAUGCGAUGAACUGUCAUCGUCAGAACAGAUCCUCACAGAGUUCAAAGCCAGAGCUCUUGACUGCCAUCCUGACAAAAAUCCUGAUAACCCAAAAGCAGUGGAAAAGUUUCAAAAGCUGCAGCAGGCGAAAGAGAUCCUGAAGAAUGAAGACAGCCGCGCCCGCUAUGACUACUGGAGACGAAGCAGAAUCGCCAUCCCCUUCCUUGACUGGGAGGCUCUUUGUGACACAGUCAAGGCAUCUAUGCACUGGGCAGUGAACAGUAAGAUGGAGCCCAUGCUGGAGGCUCCAGGAAUCAAAGAUAGCGUGAGCCCUGGGAAGCCACCUGACCGGCAUGGAGAGCAGGACUGCAGUGGGUCGACCAGCAAAAUGGAGCAGGUGGGGCUGUCUGGGGGCAAGACCACUGAGAAGACACCGGAGGAUGAAGAGCCACAAUCUCCAAAAACACCACCAUCUUCCAAUGAUAACUACUGGCACUUGCGUUUCCGUUGGUCAGCUGACACACCGUCUGAACUUCUGAGGAAAUUCAGAAACUACGAAAUCUAAAACAAGUCCCAGCUUUCCAGUAUUGUCCGGUGUGCAUCAAGCUCAUUGUCCUGUAUCUGUGCAAAAGGAGUUACACUAUUCUUGUAUUUUAUGCAGCUUUUCUUUUGUAAUUGUCUUAGUCAAGUGGACUUUUAAACCAUGUGUUUAAGCAGUGUUAGUAUGUGAAAAGGAUGGCUAGAUCAUGCAUAAUAGCAAAUAGAUCAUAGCCAGUUCAUAGCAGAACAUUUAUUCAAAUAACUUAUUGCCAAUUUAUACUAAGCAUUUAUUCAAAUUAAUUAUUAUAUAUGAGAGUGAGAGAGAGAGUGAGAGAGAGAGAGAGAUCCUAUCCUAUAGAUAUAUUGAUGUCUAUGAUUGUAUACUAUCAAUUCCAGAACAUAUUUUCUUUUAAAAGUAACACAAUCUGAAAAGCAAAUAAUGCACUUUUUAGCCCUUUGUAUAAUUUGUGAUGUUAAUAGCUCUGGAUAGCUAGAUACUGUAGCUAGGCCUUUGCUGCAACACAUUGUGUGUGACAUUUCUUCUAUACUUCCUGCUAUUUCUUUAUUUGUAACGCUUCUGAUGUUGAAGUGUGAUUAAAUGUGUAUAUUUGAGAUUAUGACUGGGGAAUUAAACUGUUCACUUAUAACAAAUGGCUUUCAGCAGUGCUUGUGGAGAGACAUUGAGAUUUCCUUCUGACCAUUGGGGCAUCCUCUGCUUGUAUCCACAUAUUACUGCAAUACAGACAGCACAGUAUACAGCAAAGGCAGUGUGCUUGUUUUGAAGACUACAGAGUGUUCUGUAAACCUUUAAGCAAAUUAGAACCUUCAUGCAAAAUGCAUAGAAUCAUCCUCAAACCAUUUUAAUAAAAAAUAGACAAUUGAAACUAUCUCUAAUGCUUUUUUUCAGCAUGAUCCUUUGCUCUUACACUUUUCUUUCCAAGGUUUUACCCUGCUCGCCUUCUAAACUCCAUGCAUAAACUGUUAUUUGUGAGAUUGUACAUCACAGGGAUCUAUUUAUUUUAUCUUAACCACUACUCUUUAGAGGUAGGGGAGAAGAAUUUCCAUUUUACAGGUUGAGAAUGAGUCUGUCUAGACUAUUUAAGAGGCAUGGCUGUUGGGAAAUGCAAUUGUGUUGCUUUUUUAUAGCAAAUAGAUUCCCUUUUUAUUUUCUGAUGCUUAAAAAUAAGGCUUUAAUGCAUUGACGAGCAAAGAAAGCCUGCUGAAAUGAGACCUAGCGAUGGAAGCAGGUGCAGAUUACUCAUCGUCGCACAGAGCCUUUCAUUUCCUGAAGCUAAAGACUGGCCCGUCAAUAUGAAGCUGAUGUUGCCAAUGAUAACUGUGACAUCACUACGAUCCAAAGCACAGAUUUCAGAAUGCUGUAUUUGUUGCUGUACGCAGAGCUGCAGUGUUAUUGCUUUUCAUAUCUUUGAUCCAAAAGGAUGUGCCAGGCUCUACUGUAUACACUCUCUGUUUUAUUAAAGUUUCUUUAUCUUUCCAGCGACUCUGUAGAGUUUCUUUUGGUUCACAUUCUCUUUGCCAAAAUAAGCUGUUUGCAGUUUGUAUGGGGUAUUAACUUUAAUUAUUAAAAAUAAUUUAGUUAGAUACAUUUUUGGAUGGUCAAAAUUGGGGACCUACACCCAUGUAUGCUACAGAUUUCUAGUUCUUAUUGAGAUCAUUGUUAAACAUAGCACUGCAGUGUAACCGCCCCCGCCCCACCCAUCCAAAGUAUGAGCCAUAUC